AAAAAGUACUUUUAAUCUAUUUUUUUGUUUUUAAACAAAAAUAAUUUAUCAAAGUGACAAUAUUAAAUAAUUGUUAUUAAACUACUGUUUUUCAAUUAUAUUUAAAAUAUACUCGAAAUAUACAUAUAUUUCGAUUUGGAUAAUAACAAUGGAUUCAUUAAGACCAAAAUUAGUUACAGUUGAUAAAAGAAAUUACAGAUUUCCUGAUAAUUCUGCUUGGACUCAAUAUCGAAAUGUGAGCGGAAAUUACGAGGAAGAUCAAUCCGAGCCUAUUUAUGAUUCAGAAGAAGAAUGCGAUGAAAGUAAUAUUGAAAUUGUCGCUCAUUCUGGAGGGCGAUUUAUGCAUACAUUUCAUGUACCCAGGACAUUUUUUGCAUAUAUAAUUGGUUCAAAAGGUGCUACUAAAAAAAGAUUGGAAGUCGAGACAAAAACAAAUAUUCAUGUACCAAAAAUGGGACAAGAAGGAGAUAUUGUAAUAUUGGGUACAAGUCGUAGAUCGAUAAUUUCAGCGAGAAAUCGAAUAGAUUUACUUGUAGAAUCAUCGAGAAAAAAAGUACAAUUUACUCAUUUUUUGUCUAUUCCAUUGACCGAUAAGAAUAUAAUUGAUGCAUUUAGAGAAUUUAAAAAUGAUGUGAUCCAUAAAACUGGAAAAGGAGCAAGAAGAGUAAAUGAGAAAAUUUUUCAAAAUGAAGAAAGACUUCAUCUCACUCUUGAUGUAUUAAAAUUAAUGGAUGAAAAUGAACGACAAGCAGCAGCAAAAAAAUUGAUCGAUUGCAAAAAAGAUAUUAUAGAUCCUUUCCUUAAAGACAAUGGACCUAUAAAUUUAGUGAUAAAGGGAAUUGAAAUUAUGAACGAUGAUAGUUCAGAAGUAAAGAUUCUUUACGCAAAAGUAGUUGAUUCGGAGAAUGUUUUUCAAACAUUAGCCGAUAAUAUUGUCAAGUAUUUUGUUAAGGAUGGUUUAAUUAAUCCAAAAUACAAUUGUGUAAAAUUACACAUGACAAUAAUGAAUACCAAAUUUGCAUUAAAAGAUGAUAAAGAAUCAGUAAAAGGUGAUUGGGGUACAUUUGAUGCCACAAACAUAAUGAAAAUUCAUAAAGAUACUUAUUUCGGAGGAGUAAAACUAUCGACUAUUCAUUUAUCUCAAAGAAAUACAAGAAAUGAAUUUGGUUAUUAUAAGGAUACAGCCAAAAUUGACGUUUAAGUAUUUUCUUAAAGAAUUCAUUUUAUCCUUUUGUUAAAAAUAUUUGUAUAUCAUAUUUUAAUUAAUACAAAUAUUAUAGUUUUAAUAAGAGAAGAUAAUAUAUUAAUAAAUAUUAUUAUAAAUAAUAA